UUCAAUUUUACAAAAGCAUUUCAUAAUGUUAUCUACAAUCCGAGCAGAGACAAAUUUGACAAUCUUUCCAGCACUGAAUCUGGUGAACCGUCUGAAGUUCCGGAAAACCGCAAGCCCUAUCGAUGUGCUGGAAGUAAUGGCAUCACUUGCACCAACUAUAAACUACACUGUGCCCUUUCUGAAGUUCAAUGUAUGCAUAUUUUUCCCAGACGGAUACUUCACAACUGUCUUUACAGAUUUAGGGGUAUGCCAUCAGUUUAACGGAAUCCACCAAUCGGAGUUAUUGCGUUAUCCAAGUUUUGAAAACUUUACAUUCGCGGGUGAGGUGCAAAAGAAGUCAACCUGGAGUUUGUCUGAAGGCUACGCCAAAAACACUGACGAGGAGACUGUAUACCCUCAACGAGCUCGAAUUUCUGGUAAGAAAGGUGGCAUAUUCCUGGCUAUACAAGGUCUUCUCGCUGACAUUGAUUAUCUAUGCCGAGGAGCGGUAGAAGGAUUCAGUUUGCAGCUGUUAGCACCUGAUGAGUUCCCUGCUGCUCACAAGCAAUAUAUUCGAGGUUCAUUCGGUAAAGAUGUUGGCAUGAUAAUCAAACCGAGCCUAAUAACAACUUCGGAUAACCUCAGAGACUCGCCAUGGCAAAGUCGGCAUUGCUUCUUCGCCGAUGAACGCUAUCUCCGGUUCUUCAAAACAUACUCUCAAGAUAAAUGCGCUUUCGAGUGUUUGACCAAUUAUACCUACGCAAAAUGCAAUUGUGUGAAAUUUUCAAUGCCACACACCAAAGAUAUGCCCAUCUGUCAAGCGGCUGAUAUACCAUGCUAUUACCAAGCUGAGGAUGAUCUGUUGCGAAAUGAAUUUGAGUUUGAACUGUCAGGAAAGUCGAAGGACUUCACAAGCUGCAACUGUCUACCAGCGUGCACAUCCUUAAAAUACGAGGUGGAAAUUGGUGAGACCAAACUUUAUUACGAGGAAUUACUUCGUGCAUUAAGGGACACAGAUUACAUGAUCGAAAAUUCAGGACUCCAAAUGGGCCGCUUUUCAAUUUACUUCAGACAUCAAAAUUUUAUUGGAAUACAACGUUCCAUGCUUUAUAGCACAACAGAUUUCCUAGCUUCCUGCGGUGGCCUUCUGGGUUUGUUUUUAGGCAUGACUGUUCUAAGCUUUGUGGAGAUAUUUUACUUUUUUACGAUGCGACUUAUAGCAAACCUAAGGUUGCGAUGGAAGAGCCCCGAAUUUAAACUCUAUAUCGAAUAA